AUCAAGAUUCAUUCCACAGUAAAAAAUAGAAGAGAAACAUAAUAUAACAAUAAUUCACAAAAACUUUUCCAAAUCAGCCUACACACUUCAUAAUGGCAGAAUACAGAAGAAAACGAGAAGAAAAACCACAAGAGUUAUUUGGAUUUGCGAUGAAUGGUUGUGAUACAGGACAAGCAUUAAUGAAUCAUAAAAUUCUUAAAAAACAACAAACAGAAAAGAAACCUCACCAUUGUGGUAUUUGUGGACUAGGUUUUGAUACUGCUAGAAAACUUUGUUAUCACAUCAAAAAACAUAGGAUCGAAAAACCAUAUGAAUGUGAUGUUUGUGGAAAGCAUUCUAUAGAAUUGUUACAUCAUACUGCACACUUGAGAAUACAUACUGGACAGAAACCAUACAAAUGUGAUGUUUGUGAAAAGUGUUUUAUAACAGCAAGUGUUUUGAAAGCUCACAAGAGAACACAUACUGGAGAGAAGAAAUCUUUCAAUUGGCAUUGCGGUGUUUGUGGACAAGGUCUUGACAUGUUAAGUAAACUUUGUCAUCAUGUGAAAGUACAUAUGACUGGAAAACCUUACAAAUGUUAUGUUUGUGGAAAAUUCUUUUCAAACUUGUUGGAUCAUAAAACACACACGCAAAUACAUACUGAAGAAAAACCAUACCAAUGUUAUAUUUGUGGAAAGCAAACUUUAAAAUUAUCAAAUCAUACUAAACACAUGAGAAUGCAUACAGGAGAAAAACCUAAUGAAUGUGAUGUUUGUAAGAAGAGUUUUACUACUAUUCAUAAAUGUGCAGCUUUCUUAUUAGGCAUAAGCAUGUUGUUGACAAGAACAGACACACAUACACACAUUUUUUGGAGAUCUUUCUUUAAAUAUUUUGGGGUUUUUGGUACUUAUACCAUCUUUGAUUUACACUCUUCGAAAUAAUUUUGUUAACAUUGUAUUUUUGUGAGGGGUAAAGCACAUAACUGUGUGGGAGAAAUUAUAACAUGUUAUAAAAAUAUAAGUGUCGCACUAUUUACAAUCUAAUUAAAAUUACAUUUACAAUUU